AGAAUUUCGGACCAAGCCAUUGCAGUUUUGAGGCUCUGGGGGUCUCGGGUUGCAUGUUGCAGAUGGAGUUUGCUAUGUUCGCAUGGGUCUUGCUGGCGAGCCCCAUCUUGGGAAGCUCAAUGGCUCCCAUCUGCCACGGAUUCGGAGGCAUCGGAGAUGGGUGCGCCGCAGCCAAACCUGGAGAUUCGGGCAAAAGCAGCGGAAUCUCACUGGGCGACACCACCUUGGCAGUGAAAGUGAGUGUACUGGGAUGCUUUUCAAAGCCGUGCUGGCUGCAAAACAUUAGAGUCGGAGUGGACGACAGCAACUCGGUGGCCAGCCUUGCGAAGGUGGGUGUCUAUCUGUCGGAUGGGACGUUGGUGGCCUCUUCCCAGGCCCGUGAUGUGCCCACAUCUCUGCCAGACCACCAAUGGCUUGCCUUUGCGUUUCGAGGCCAUGACAAAGAACUACGCACCACUUCUGAGCAAGACUACGUAUGGCUUGUGGUCAACACAGAAAACAGCGUCAAGCUGACCUAUGAAAACGCUGACUCAGGCGAUGAGGCGACCAGAACUGUUUCCGAGCUCUUUGCAGGUGCGUUUGUGGCAGUGCGCAUUUGGGACACAGAGCCUGGUCGGCGGCAAUGGGCCGGCCACUUCCGCAACUUGAGGGUGCAGAUGGAUCUGGGGGACGUGUCAAUCCUGCCUGGCACCUUGCCUUUGAUACUGGAAUCUCCGCAUGGAGGGCGCAUCACGGAGGGUUGGCCAACUCGAGUCACCGGAGUUUUGGACUCUGACCGCAACACGGAUUUGUUCACAGAGGAGUUGUGGAGCGAGCUUGGUGCUCGCUGUGGUCGCACUCCGGUCGCUGUGAUUUUCAGGGUAGCUCGCAAAGGUAUUGAUGCCAAUCGGGCUACUGGCAGUGGCACGCACACCCGUGGUGGAGAACUUUGCGCGGACCAAAGCAACAGCCAAUGUUGCUGUGACUUAGCCAGUGCUAGCGACGAAGAGGUUGCCAUGGACCUCAACGACGUCUAUCACUCUUUGCUAUCCUCAGAGGUGGCGGGGGCCAACGGCGCUUUGCUUGUGCCGAUUCAUGGCACAGGCAGAGACCGAGUGGAAUUGGGAGUUCGACUCUCCGCGUCAGAUCUGAACCAAGGAGCAGGCCUAGCGCCACCGUCGCUGGCUGAUCACGACUCUGACUCUUCCCUGCGCGCCUUGGGAAACGCGACAUAUAUGAUUUGGGGCACGGAGAGUUUCGGGUCCCAUCUGAAGAACAACAGGCCUUCCAUGGAAGUGAUCCCCUCUUCAAAGCUCCUUUGCCCAGAUCCCAAUCUGUGUUCAGCAUCAUCCUACACCAGCAUCUUCAAUGGAGGGUAUAACUUGAAGAUCCACAUCACCAACACGCAGCCCGGAGUUCAGGUGGAGAUGCCCCAAGUGAUGCGAGGCUUUUGGUCGUCCCCUCCAGCGCCUGAGGCAGCUGCAGUCAAGCAGGUCGGUGCUGCGCUGGCUUCUUUCUUGAAUUUGCACUACCAGGAAUCCUGCCAGACACAUGUGAACUUUGGCUUGGCUUGCGGUUCGCACGGCCAGGCAGUUUCUGGCACUUGCAUGUGCGAAGACGGAUAUGAAGGUUCGAGUUGCGGUGAUUGCGCGGAGGGCUAUUUGCUGGUCACCGGCCAGUGCAUGCGUCUUGUGGUGCUGGGCCCACCCCCUGGUGUGACAGAGAAGUAUGGGUCAGCCUUUGCCACAACUAGCUCUGGCAGACCUUAUCUUUACACCCGCAAGUUCAGCACAGACUUGACAGACUGUGGCACUGGCUGCCAGCCGCUGGAUAUGAGUGUCCGCAUUCGUUGUGACGAUAAUCAAUGUCACAGUGACUUAGACAGCUCCUCAUAUACACUUGGCGCCGCAUUGUUUGAUGCAGCAGGCCACAAGAUGUGCAAUGGAACAGCUGCCCGAUCAGCCCAGGCAGCGACUGACUGGUGGCUUCAGAUUCCCCUGGCCUCCUGCCCAUUGCUGCAAAAUGGCAACCAAGAUCAUGUUGCGGUCUAUCUUGCAUUGUGGACUUCGAAACUGAUUAAGAUUCGAUGGGAGCAAGAGCCGGCCUUGUCAGCCAGAUCCCGUGGGCUUCAAUACAAGACGGCUGACUACUACCAGGAUCCAAGUGCUCAAUCGUUUGAGCAUUUGAUUGACGCAGUGCCCCCCGCACAGCUUCCUAGCUGGCGAGACCUUUCUUGUGAAAGCCCCAGUCAUUGUGGGACUCAGGAUUCUUGCGAUUGCAUUAGUGGCUGUACCUGCCGAAGUUGGAGCGGCAACUUCUAUGGCAUGAUGGCAACUCUGAGCAUGCAGCCAGCUUAGCAUGAACCUGUAUCCUCAGAGGAAAUGCCAGUUACAAAGACUGGUUUCCUUUUCUAUUUCCGCUGUCCCCCAUACUUAUCACAUGUUGUUGGCCACACGGCGUUCACCUUCAGGAUGCUAGGGGACCGCGGCUGCAGGCGCAUUCUGCUGCUAUUCUCGCGGUGGCAAGCGCGGCUUCACUCUCAGGUCUGCCCAGUUAUUGCCAUUGAGCCGACCCGGGAUUGUCCUCUUUUUUUUGCCCUGGAACUACUGCAAGGAGGUACAGGCUUGUCCAAUUCUUGUAAAGACCAACCUUUGCUUGCAGGCCCUGUGCGCGUUUGAAGCAGCUUGCUGAGCAGUUGCCGCUGGCUCCACGGGCGUGACAAGAUUGAAUUUCCGACACGCGCGAAGAUGGCGUGUGUUUGCUCUCUUCACUUGUGCCUUCUCAUGAGAAAA